UUGGCUGGAUGGCGCCUUCCUGACAGCGUGUGAAACAUUCAGCUAGUGUUGACACUAAACAUUUUGAUUUCGGGAGACAAUUUGUUUUUAUUUUCGCCUGCUCAUGGACAUCCAGAGUGCCAGCUCGGUGGUGCUGCAGGCGCUGACGCAGGCCACCAGCCAGGACACGGCGGUGCUGAAGCCGGCUGAGGAGCAGCUGAAGCAGUGGGAGACACAGCCAGGCUUCUACUCCGUGCUGCUGAACAUCUUCACCAACCACAGCCUUGAUGUCAACGUGCGGUUCCUGGCUGUGCUUUACUUCAAGAAUGGCAUCGACCGCUACUGGAGGAGGGUGGCACCCAAUGCUCUGUCUGAGGAGGAGAAGACAUCUCUCCGCGCCGGUCUCGUCACAAAUUUCAACGAGCCAGUCAACCAGAUUGCAACUCAGAUAGCGGUGCUGAUAGCCAAGGUGGCGCGUCUGGACUGCCCUCGCCAGUGGCCGGAGCUGAUCCCCAUUCUGCUGGAGGCGGUGAAGGUUCAAGAUGGCCUCCCGCAGCACCGCGCCCUCCUCACCUUCUACCACGUCACCAAGACGCUCGCCUCCAAACGCCUCGCCAACGACAAGAGGCUCUUCCAGGACUUGGCCGCGGGCAUCUACAGCUUCGCCUGCUCCCUGUGGAACCACCACACGGACUGCUUCCUGCAGCAGGUCUACGCCGGGGACCAGGAGGCCGCGCUCGCCUCCCUGGAGCGCACGCUGCUCUCACUCAAAGUGCUGAGAAAGCUGACAGUCCAUGGAUUUAUCGAGCCCAACCAGAACAUGGAGGUGAUGGGCUUCCUGAGCUCCGUGUUUGACAGACUGAAGCAGUUUCUGGAGUGCUGUCGACCCGUUCAGCCGGGUAACGUCUGCCGAGAAAAGCUGGAGAAGACCAUCAUCUUAUUCACAAAAACACUCCUAGACUUCCUGGAGUACCACCCGUGCCCGUUCAUCCCCCUGAUCCAGCGCUCGCUGGAGUUUGCCGUCAGCUACGUCUUCACGGAGAUGGGAGAGGGGGUGGUGUUCGAGCGCUUCAUCGUCCAGUGCAUGAACCUGAUCAAGAUGAUAGUCAAGAACGAUGCCUACAAACCUAACAAGAACAUUGAAGACAGUAAGCCGGAAAGCCUGGAGGCCCACAAGAUAAAGACGGCCUUCUUCACGCAUCCGACGCUGACUGAGAUCGGCAGGAGGCUGGUGUCGCACUACUUCCUCCUCACCGAGGAAGAGCUCACCAUGUGGGAGGAGGACCCAGAGGGCUUCGCUGUGGAAGAAGGAGGAGGAGAUUCUUGGAAGUACAGCCUACGGCCAUGCACCGAGGUGUUGUUCCUGGAUAUUUUCCACAACUACAGCCAAACCUUAACUCCCGUGCUCCUGGAGAUGGUACAGAACCUUCAAGGGCCUACAAACGUGGAGGAGCCAGUUCAGCUGCUCAUGAAAGAUGCAGUGUACAAUGCCGUGGGCCUGGCCGCCUACGAGCUGUUUGACAGCGUGGACUUUGAUGUCUGGUUCAAGAACCAGCUGCUGGCAGAGUUACAGGUCACCCACAACAGGUAUAAGCUGAUUCGGCGGAGGGUGAUAUGGCUGAUAGGACGGUGGAUAUCAGUCAAGUUCAAGUCGGACUUGCGGCCGGUACUCUACGAAGUUAUUCUCAACCUCAUGCAAGACCCUGACCUGGUGGUACGGAUUGAAACUGCUACAACCCUCAAGCUGACCGUGGAUGACUUUGAGUUUCGGACCGAGCAGUUUUUACCGUACCUGGAGUCCAUCUUUGGGCUGCUUUUCCAGCUGCUGCAGCAGGUCACAGAGUGCGACACCAAGAUGCAGGUGCUGCACGUCAUCUCCUGUGUCAUCGAGCGAGUGCACAUCCAGAUCCGUCCGUAUGUGGGCUGUCUAGUGCAGUACCUGCCGCUCCUGUGGAAGCAGUCGGAGGAGCACAACAUGCUGCGCUGUGCCAUCCUCACCACCCUCAUCCACCUCGUACAGGGCUUGGGUGCAGAGAGCAAGAACCUGUACCCGUUCCUGCUACCAGUGAUCCAGCUGAGCACCGACGUCUCCCAGCCUCCUCACGUAUACCUGCUGGAGGACGGCCUCGAGCUCUGGUUGGUGACUCUAGAGAACAGCCCAGCUAUCACCCCGGAGCUUCUCAGAAUAUUCCAGAACAUGUCGCCCCUGCUCGAGAUGAGUUCGGAGAAUGUGCGAACGUGCUUCCAGAUCAUCAAGGCCUACAUCUACCUCUCAGCCACCGACUUCCUCCAGAGCUAUGCUGAGGGCCUAUGCAAGUCCUUCUGUGAGAUGAUGAAGGACAUCACUAUGGAGGGGCAGGUCCAAGUGCUGAAGGUGGUGGAGAUUGUCCUGAAAGUGAGCCCUGUCCUGGGCUCCCAUAUGUUCCAGCCCCUCCUGCCUGCCGUCUUCAGGGGUAUCGUGGAAGGAGAGAGGUAUCCGGUUGUGAUGUCGACGUACCUGGGAGUCACCGGGCGAAUCCUGCUUCAGAACUCUAGCUUCUUCUCAGCCCUCCUCCAACAGAUGGCCCAGGAGUUCCAACAGGAGAUGGACCAGCUACUGGGCAGUGUGAUCGAGAUGUGGGUGGACCGCAUGGACAACAUCACACAGCCCGAGAGGAGGAAGCUCUCCUCACUCGCCCUGCUCUCCCUGCUACCAUCAGAUAACAGUGUAAUCCAGGAUAAGUUCUGCGGCAUCAUCAACAUCUGUGUAGAGGCUCUGCACGACGUCAUGACAGAGGACUCGGAGACCGGAAGCUUACGAGACUGCAUGCUAAUGACUCAUUUCGAGGAGCCCAAGGUGACUGACGAUGAGGAGCCGGCUACGGAGCAGGACAAGAGGAAGAAGCUGUUGGCGCUGGAGGACCCGGUCCACAGUGUGUCCCUGCAGCAGUUUGUCUACGAGAAGCUGAAGGCCCAGCAGAUGAUGAUGGGAGACCAGGGCUUCCAGGCGCUCAUGGAGACCGUCGACACGGAGAUCGUAUCCCAGCUGCAGGAGUUCCUGCAAAGACUGUAGAUUGGUUGGUUGGUGGUCAGGUCGUCAUGGAAGCCUUGUUUCAAUCUCGGGAGGACAUUCUAAGAGGGAAUAUAAGAAAGGUUUGAUCAAAAGAGAAGAUAUGUAUGAACUAAAAAAAAAUACACGCCAUGCUCACAUCGCCAAUAAUGCGCCAUCUUUUCAACGAACACUACCCAAUCAAGAGAGCUUCCAAGUGACAUUUCUUUUGUUUUAAUUUAGUUUGUUUUGUUUUUUUGCUCUUUAUUUUCUUUUAUUUUUUUUCUUUUCCCUAACGCAAUUUUGUACCACUGUGAUGGUAAGGCCACGAACCUUUGGCAAGGGGAUUAGAGAAGGUGAUCUGGUAUGGACCCAUUGUUUUAUUCUUCUUCUUCUCUUUUUUUUUUUUUUUCUUGUUGAAAAACGAAAAAAGACAGUCCCCUAUAUGAGAUUUGGGAUCCAUGAACUGAUCCAAGGGGUGUGUCACAUGCAAUGGGUGUGUUUACAGAUGUAAGGAGAAAAAAAAGAAUUGUAAUUUUGUAUUUAUGUAAGAUAAGCCAGCAUGACGAGGAUAUUAUUUUUUAUUUUGGUCUAUUUUUUGUUUUCUACGAAAAAGAAACCCCACUUCAAUACAACCAAGCUACUGAAGGAUAUUUUCAUAAUGACUGCAUAGCCUUGCAGAUGGAACGGUUGUAUUAAUAGAAUGUUUGCUUUCUGUGCUGCUGCUACUACUAUUACAUACAUCAUGCGCCAAUCCUGUUGUCUGUGACAGACAAGACAUUUCAUUUCACACAGUCAAGGAACUUUAUUUUGAACAUGAUUGCAUGAUGACAUUGAUUAUAACAGUACAAUUUACCAUUAACCAAGGCACUUGCUUUGAGUGUUCAGAAAAAGAAAAACGGUUUGAACUAUUGUGUGUCCAUUUGGACUUGGACUUCACUCUAGCGCAAUAUCUCACUGUGACUUGCUUUGUCGCUACAAAGGCCUUAUGCUGUUACCCUUACAGUAACCAUUAAAGCGAACAGAAUAUU